UCUGACCGGUGAACCAAGAGGGUAGUUUCUGAUGCCUCGCCAGUCAAAUCGUCAAGCGUGAUUGAGUUGGCAGCCCUCCGCCAUUUUGGCCAAUUCGUUUUACACGUAUUUCAUUCCGUCCCUGUGUCCUGUGAUCCUAACCGAAAUUUAUUAAUUAUUAUCAAGUUUGUGCCGUGAAGUGCUUUACUAGUGAAGUGAACUAUAAUAGUGUGGUGUAGUAUAAUGUACACGCGGGUGGAAAGGCUACUGCAGCAAGUCGGAUUACCAGGGCUUUUGGAUAAAUUUAAAGAAUCAUUCUUUGAUGAUGAAGCUCUUCCAUGCGUAACAUGUAAGGAGGAUUUAUCAGGCAUUGUACCCAUGGGACUGGCUCUCCGAUUCUUUGACGCUUUGAAAAAAGACAGAGAUGACCCUCAGGGAUCGAGAUCAACCCUCGAUUCUCUCAACUCUAGCUCAUCUGAAGCUGUUACCACUCCCUCUCCAUCUUCUUCCUCUUCUCCUGUUACUCUUUUCAACUCCACUUCCGCUGAUAACCUAAUUUCCCCAGAUUUCCAUGUGCCCAUCUCUGAGUUAACUCCAGUUGUUAUUGAAAACAUUGUAGAGACUGAAGCCUUCGCAAAUUCUCCUACGCCUACUCCUACCCUUACACCUCUUCCUGCUUCUACCCCUGAUCCUCCCACUCUCUCACAGAAUAUUCAACAAGAUCCUCCCGCCCGUCAGGAAAAAAUUCUUUCAAUCACAAGUAGUGCUUCAUUAAAUGAUGCACUGAAAAAGUAUGAUAAGGGAAAACUGGUCCUAAAAGCCUACGAAAAAAGCCAAUGCUUGGAAAAAAAAUUCUCCUUGAUGUUGUGCGACAUAAUUCUCCUCCAUGAAUUUGAUGGCAAUCCUAAUACAUACUUAUCCACUAAACAAUUUGCCUCCUUAACUAAAAGUAUCACCGAACUCUUCCCCAAUGAAAAAGCUGAGAGCUACUUCAUUCCCAAUCGAACAGUCAAUGGUUCUAUGGUACGUGCUAGAGGUAGAUUACUGGACAAAUACGAGAAUCGGUUGAAAGCCUUCAGAGGUGUCGGACUCAUUGGCUCAAGACGGCAAAAGACAUCAGCGCAAGUUCCUCUUGAAACAUCUG